AUGAGUUCCAAUAAUACGACCUCCUUUGAAAGCAUCCUUGCAAAGGCCAACAAGCGUGAACAGCUUGUCCAAGAUGAUAAUGCUCAAAGCAUGCCUUCCAAACCUGCAGAAGUUAACCAGAAGCAACCCACAAACCGCAAAGAUCAUAAGGUGGUCAAUGCUUUUAAUCAGCAACGCCCACAGGAAAAUAAGGCUCAAGAGCUACCCCAAAAGAGGCCAUAUGAAGGUGCAGGUAGAACAAUUCUUGUAAGUACAACACAGACUGGAAAUCCGCUUCUGCGUUCAUUAACGAAUACAAAUUGGCGAUAUGUCAAGACUUCAGCAACUACUAAGAUACACUAUGACUAUCAGGUUCGGGGUAGGAAUGUUAUAUUCUUAUCUCUGAAGUAUCAUAAGCUGCGUCCUGAAUAUAUUGAUAAAAAAUUACAACCCUUAGCUAGUUCUGGGGGUAAUAUUCUGCUCUGUGUAGUGGAUAUUGAGGAUUCAGAGAAUAUAUUAAAGGAAUUGACGCAGAUGUCUAUGUUCUCUGGUUUUACUUUAUUACUCGCAUUUAGCUUUGAGCAGGCCGCGAAGUACCUUAUGUUUAUGAACAAAUAA